AAAAACCAGUUCCUCUGAUUUUUCCUCAAUUGGCUGAAACAAGUUUCGUAAUCAAAGAGUGUUCCUUUUAAGAAAAGUUUCAUCCUUUGUAACAGAUCUGAACAAGGGUACAUAGAAAUUUUGAUUUCACGAUUCAUCCGCCAUUUUUUCUUGUCUGGGGAAAAAUAUACAAAGGGUGAGAUCGAAGAGGUGAAAAAAUGGCGCAUAGGGUAGAACAGGACUAUGAUUAUUUGUUCAAGAUCGUGUUAAUCGGUGAUUCUGGUGUCGGGAAAUCUAACAUCUUGUCUAGAUUCACAAGAAAUGAGUUUUGCUUGGAAUCUAAGUCCACCAUUGGUGUUGAAUUCGCCACCAGAACUCUUCAGGUUGAAGGAAAGACUGUUAAGGCCCAGAUCUGGGACACUGCAGGUCAAGAGCGGUACAGAGCCAUCACAAGCGCUUACUACAGAGGCGCGGUUGGUGCACUUCUUGUCUACGACAUCACCAAAAGACAGACUUUUGACAAUGUCCUAAGGUGGCUACGCGAACUAAGAGACCAUGCAGAUUCCAACAUUGUGAUCAUGAUGGCUGGGAACAAAGCCGAUCUAAACCAUUUGAGAUCAGUUGCUGAGGAAGAUGGUCAGACUCUAGCUGAGACAGAAGGUCUCUCUUUCUUGGAGACAUCUGCUCUUGAAGCCACCAAUGUCGAGAAAGCGUUUCAAACCGUGUUAGCAGAGAUUUAUCACAUCAUCAGCAAAAAAGCUUUGGCUGCUCAAGAAGCAGCAGCUGCUAACUCUGCUAUUCCGGGGCAAGGAACAACAAUUAACGUUGAUGACACAUCCGGAGCUGCCAAAAGAGGUUGCUGCUCUACUUAAUUGGAAGUUUAAACUUUCGUUUUCCCUUGAUUUUCUUCUCUCUCUCUCUCUGUCCCUCUCUCUGUCUUUUUCACUUAAAGUUUUGGCUGAUGAAAUGUAACAACGGUGCAAGACCAUGUAGAAUAUCAUUUCUUCAUUUACUCUUGUCUUACCAUCUUCGAUGGGUUUGUGUUCAAUCAGAAAAGAAGAAGAAAAAGCUUGUUAUUACUA